AGAGCCACACCAGUGCCGGUGGCAAUUUUGCCAACAGCAAACCAGGCGCAGAUCGACUGGGCAUGAUGGGAGGGGCACCAGGACUCGAUGAUCUAUUAGGCGAAUCCUUCCAACAGACGAACAAAGCCAACGCCUUCAGCUCACUGGGACGAUCCAAUCAGAACACGCAACCGCCACAAAAGAUUCGGGCCGCAACUACGACAAACCCCAAUUCAAAAACAGCGAAUUUGGGGCAAUCGAUGGGAGAUUGGGGCGAAGAUGAUAGGGGCUGGGACGAAGGAGGCGGAGACGAUUGGGGCGCGCCAGUUAAAAAAGCGCCGUCCAGUAAACCGGUUUCGAGGAACGGCAGCAGUAGCAGUGGGAAACCAACGACAGCCAAUGGAAGCACCAUUAGGGCACCCGGUGCUAAGGCAACCGCUCAAGCCGAUGAGUGGGGCAACUCGGGCGGAUGGGAUGAGCCCGAUGACUGGGGUGCGGAUGAGAAGAAGAAAGCUGCGGUUGCUAAGCAAGAGGAACGGAAACGGGAGAGAGAGAGGCGGCAGGCUGAAAUGAAGGCAAAGCGUGCCAACAGGCAAAAGGAGGGACUGGGUGCUGUGAAGAAGUAGCUGUGGAGAAGUAGCUGUGGAGAAGGAUAUAGACGAUAAUAAAGCUACUAUCAG